CUUUGAAUGGUCAUCCUCUGAUUACGUGUGUGGGGUGUGGGAAAGUUAAUCUAUCCUUCUUUCCUAGAUAAUAGAAACACAAACAUCCCAGGUAAAUCUGGUGCCCUGUAUUUAUAUAUCUAUGUCUGCAAGAAAGGCCAUAACAACAAUUUUUCAAUGGAAAAAUCCAUGCUGAAACACACUCAAAUCCCACGCAUUAGUUGGGAUCAUAAAAGUUGGUAUAGUAUUAGAAGCAUCAACCCCAUUUCUUGUGGUUAUGGAGCUAAUUACAAUUUCAAAGGGACCUCUCUUAACCUUCCUUUGCAUUCGGUUUUGAAGCCCACUUUGUUUACUGCAAAAUGCCCAGAUAUAACAAGUAAAAGAGGUCUGUUGUGGGUGCAUGUUAUCAGAACUACAAGUUUUGAAUCUUAUCACAGCUCUUCAGAUAAGGGACGAGAUGAUGCGCCAGAUCAAAGCAAACAUUAUAACAGUGUGUUUUCUGUAUUUGCAGGGAUAUUUGGGUGUCUGAUUAGACUUUCAAGGGGGAUCUUAGGUGUGCUUUACAGGGAAAAAAAGGCUUUUGGAAGAAUUGAAGAUAAAAUAGAGGAUGCCGUGGAGAUUGUGGAAGAAGUGGCAGACACUGUGAAAGAUGUUGCAGAGCUGACCGAAGAGAUUGCUGAAAAAAUAGAAAAGCGCUCCAAAGAAGGGGGCAUUAUCCAUGAAACAGCUGAAUUUGUUGAUCAAAUCUCAGAAAGAGUGGGAAGGGAUGCAGAAAUUGUGGAGAAGCAAGUAGAAAAAAUAAAGAAGACAAUAAAGACCAUGGAUGAAAAAGUGGGCAAGGCAGAAGAUGCUGUAAAGGAUAUUGCAGAAAUAACAUCAGAGGAAAAAGUUAGUAAGGAGGAUGAUAAAGACAUGGGUACAGCAGAGAAUUCAUCAAUCCCAAUAGUGGAAACUGACAAAGUCAAUCAAUCCAUGGAUUGAGUUGAGGUUGUUUCAAAAUCUAAAUUUGAAGAUGUUGGUUUCAUGGAAUUGUUGAGAUUCACAUGGUUGCUUUUUUGGGCAAGAUAUUGGGGGUGAUAUUGUCAUCCUUAUGGUGGAGGAUUCAAACCAUUCAAUGCUGCUAUGAUUAUCAGCAGGGGUAUGGGAGCUCAAAGAUUAGCUUGAAUUGUUAAAUUUGGGGUUUUUUUAUCAAAUAAUCAGAUUUUUAGUCUGGCUCUAUUAGGUGAGGCUGCAAUAGGGGAAUGUACAUUAUUUUUAGACUAUUUGCAUAUCCGUUGUUGGCUUCAUGAUAUCUUAUAUUCGGAUUGUAAUUUUGAUCCCUUGUAUAUCUUGAGUAUGUACUUGCUAGACUUUUAUAUUAUUAUAGUAGACUUA